CCUAGACCAUAGGUGUCAAACUGUGGCCCUCCAGCUGUUGAGGAACUACAACUUCCAUCAUGCCUCUGCCUUUGGCAGUCAUGCUUGUAACUGCCAGCCUUGCAAUGCCGCAUGGGAUUUGUAGUUCUGCAACAGCUAGGAGGGCCACAAUUUGACACGCCUGCCCUAGACUCAGGGGUGGGCAACUGUGGCCCUCCAGCUGUUGGUGAACUACAAGUCCCAUCAUGCCUCUGCCUUUGGGAGUCAUGCUUAUGACUGUCAGUUUUGCAAUGCCUCAUGGGACUUGUAGUUCUACAACAGCUGGAGGGCCACAGUUGCCCACCCCUGUUCUAAAGCAUCG